AUGUACAGCAAUGUAAUCAUCAACUGUUCCAACUGCCACACGCCUCUCCAGGUCCCACCUGGCGCCGGAUCAAUCUGCUGCGCACUCUGCCAAGCUGUCACUCUCGUUGCCGACCCACGCGCCAUCCCUCCUCAACCUUUCUCGUCUCCUCACGCGCCUCCUCCCCCUUCCCUUUACAGCCAAGCGCCGCCUGGUCCUCCGCCGAACCCUCACGGUCGUAAGAAAGCCGUGAUCGUCGGAAUCUCGUAUAAAUUCUCGCGUCAUGAACUUAAGGGAUGCAUCAAUGACGCUAAGUGCAUGCGUUACCUUCUCAUCAAUAAGUAUAGUUUUCCCGAGUCUUCUAUCAUUAUGCUCACCGAAGAAGAAGAUCCCCGUGGUCCCAAAUUUCCUUCCAAGAACAACAUCAGGAUGGCAAUGUUUUGGCUUACACAAGGAUGUCAACCUGGAGAUUCUCUGGUUUUUCAUUAUUCUGGUCAUGGAUCGCAGCAAAGGAACUAUAAUGGUGAAGAAGCUGAUGGUUUUGAUGAAACUAUUUGCCCUUUGGAUUUUGAAACACAGGGUAUGAUAGUAGAUGACGAGAUCAAUGCAACGCUCGUAAGGCCUCUUCCUCACGGGGUUAGGCUGCAUGCACUAAUUGAUGCCUGCCAUAGUGGCACAGUUAUGGAUUUGCCAUUUCUUUGCAGAAUGAACAGCCAUGGACAAUAUGUAUGGGAGGACCAUCGCCCUAGGUCAGGUGUAUGGAAGGGAUCAAGUGGUGGAGAAGUUAUAAGUUUUAGUGGAUGCGAUGAUCAUCAAACUUCUGCAGAUACAUCUGCACUAUCCAAAAUUACAUCAACUGGAGCCAUGACGUUUUGCUUCAUCCAAGCAAUAGAACGCUCUGGUCCAGGUGCCACAUAUGGCACCAUUCUUACUGCAAUGCGCUCUGCCAUUAAAAAUGCUGGCGGUGGUGGUGGUAGUGGGGGCGGCGAUGUGGUAACAUCUCUUCUUUCCAUGCUUUUGACUGGAGGUAGUCUUACUGCUGGUGGACUGAGACAGGAACCACAGUUAACAGCUGGCGAAGCAUUUGAUGUUUAUAGAAAACCUUUCUCAUUAUAA